CUGAAGUGAGCGCGCUUCGUGUGUUUAAACUUGAGAAGUAAACGGGAAGCAGUGGUCGAGGUAAUAGGCUUUUGUCACGCCAGGAGUCGUCUUUAAACUAGUCCUUGAGCAAGGAAGACGCAGUUGCCAUUAACUGUAACACCAGGAUGGAUGUGAAAGAGGAGACAUGUGGGGCUGACAUGAAGAUAACAGAGAUAAUGUCUGUUAAUAUUAAGAAGGAGGACUGCGAGUGGGAGUCUAUCCACCCUAACAAAGGGAGUCCCAGCAUUAAGGAUGAGGAUUAUGAACUGGUAACUGUGGGUAUUAAAGAAGAGGCCAAGGAGACGUCUGAGAUGCACAGACAAUGUAUGGAGUGUACUGAACUCAAAGUGAGGUCUGACAGAAGGAGUAAUAAGGAAAAGCCAUCUGUUGGACUACAGGAAGAUCAGCCAUCACCUACAGAGCAGUUUGGAGAAAGAAACAGACCUCUCUGCAGUUUUCAAUGUGGCAAACAAUUCUCACAAAUGAACCAUCCACAGAACCACAAAAGGAUUCACAAAGGUGAAAAGCUACCUUGUUGUUCUGAAUGUGGCAAACAAUUCUCACGUUUUAGCACACUCCGGAGACACAAAAUGAUUCACACAGGAGAAAGGCCACAUUGCUGUUCUGAAUGUGGCAAACAAUUCUCUCAAAGGAGUGGUCUACAGAGACACAAUAGAAUUCACACUGGAGAAAAGCCAUAUUGCUGUACUGAAUGUGGCAAGCAGUUCUCGGACAGAAGCUAUCUUCAGAGCCACACAAGAAUUCACACUGGAGAAAAGCUGUACUGUUGUAAAGAAUGUGGCAGACAAUUUUCACAAAUUAGCCAUCUCCAGAACCACAGAAGUAUUCACACAGGAGAAAAGCCACAUUGCUGUUCUGAAUGUGGAAAACAAUUUUCACGUAUUAGCACUCUUCAGAGACACAAAAUGAUUCACACAGGAGAGAGGCCACAUUGCUGUUCUGAAUGUGGCAAACAAUUCUCUCAAAGGAGUGUUCUACAGAGACACAUUAGAAUUCACACUGGUGAGAAGCCAUAUUGCUGUACUGACUGUGGCAGGCAGUUCUCUGACAGAAGCCAUCUUCGGAGCCAUGCAAGAAUUCACACUGGAGCAAAAAUGUGUUGUUGUAAUGAAUGUGGCAAACGAUUCUCGCAGAUUGGCCAUCUCCAGGUACACAAAAGGACCCAUGCAGAUGAAAAGCCGCAUUGCUGUUCUGAAUGAGACAAACAGUUCACAGAAAUCAGCCAUCUCUAGAUCCACAAAAGGAUUCACACAGGUUAAAAGUCCCAUUGCUGUUCUGAAUGUGGCAAAUCAUUUUGUGUAAUGAAUGGUUAAAAAAAGGAGUGAGCAGAAUUCACAUUGAAGAGAAGUAAUGGCUUACAACAGGGGCAUCUUUCUUGCUCCCAAAAUCUUUUAUAACAAAGCCCACAAUCUGAAGGUACUCAUCAAGCCCCAAGUAGUUAUUAAGGUGACUCUUUGACUUCUUUCUCCCUUCUGCUUCUUCACGUCUCUAAUGUACUCCUUCAGGGCUCUAAUCCACUUAGUGGCUUACUGCAGGGACAACUUUCCUGCUCCCAAAAUCCAAACAAACAUUUGUUGAAACUUUGUUCCAAUAGCCUGCCUCUCCACCAUCUACAAACUAUUCACAACAAUAGACACCGAGUCAAAUUACAUCCACCUGAACCAUAGCUUCUUGAUGGCAAUAACACCAAAAGGAAGCAAAACAUCAUAUGGAACGAAAUGCCACCUGCUACUCGGCAAAAUGAUCAAGGAAUGCUGUUAAAAGCAGAAACCUCAGUUUGACAUGGAUUGAUUAACAAAAGAAGUAUAUGACUGUGUACCUCACUGUUGGAUCCUGAAAUGUCUACACCUAUACAAAAUCCACCCCAUUGUGUUAAGUUUCAUCUGAACCACCUUGCCUCACUGGCAAACAGCCCAGCAACGUCACCACAACAAAGGGUAAAUCGCUAUCCUGAAGAUGAAAAUAAUGAGUGUCACUUAAACAUUACUCUUUUAAUCACCCCUACAGUUCUGCCUAGCAUUAAAUCAUUAAGCACUGUCCUAAAUAACCUUGGUUAUGGAUGUAUAAUCGGCUGUUGCAAUGAACCGAAACAGUUUGAACCAAACUGUUCAGCUCCUGCAGCCAACAACUGAAGGAACACUUAGCAAAAAUGUUUUCAAGUGACAUAAGAAUGGCUUUUCAGCUUAACAAAUGUGCCAAAGCUCUCUCCAUUAAUGGAAAACUAACCUUGACUGCAAAUGUCAACCUUGAUCAGGAGUGUGUUAUUAAAAACUUAAAUCCAGACAAAACAUACAAAUUCCUGGGCAUUUGUAGAUCAGAGGUAAACCACAAGACACUAAGAGAGUGUGUCAUCAAGGAAUACAUCAGCAGAGCAAAAUGAAUCCUUAGGAACUUCCUCACAACAUGUUAACAACGAUAAACCAUAAAUCAAAGUGCAGUCUUGGUGCUGUUCUACAGUUUUGGUAUCGUCAAAAUAAACUUCAUAAACUGGACACCAAAACAGUCUCCCAAGAGUCUACAUCCCAGGAUCAGGAGGAGGUGUUGACCUACUUUAAAUUGACUACACGUACAGACCAGCAAUAAUUGAACUACAAACUUAGAUGAUGACCUCCAAGGAUCCAAAUGUACAAAAAGUAUUUAAUUGUGAAUUAAGAAAACCCCAAACGAUAUGCGUAAUGAAAUUAGCUCAGGUAUUCCAGAAAAAUAAGGAAAUGACGGAACCGCCCCAUUGUGCACAGAUGGACACAGUACACAGCAGAAGAAAGAAUUUGAAAACAUUACAAUUAUGAAUAUCACAAGCAUGCUGCCCUCCUCCAACAGUUCUAUGUGUACCCUGAACUUACCCAUGCAUGGCUCAUAAGUACAAUCAAAACAUGAAUAUCUAAUUAUGGCUGGCACACAAGGUGGCUCAGGGCAUCAAUAGAAGAAACCAUUGCAUUACCAAUAUGUACCACUUCUGACAAACAUGGCAAGAAACUGCCACCCGUUUUGUUGUGAAGCACUGAAGGCUAAAGAAUUACGUACUGAAAGAUGCAAUAAAGUGGCCAGGCUACUUCUUUAGAGAAUCUGUAAAAAAUGGAAAGGACCAGCACCAGAAAAACACCGGGACCGUAAUCCAGACUGCAUAAUGGAAAAUUAUGGAGGUGUUGGUAUUUCAGGACACACCAAUACCAACUGACAGAAAAACAGAUAUAGUCAUUGAGGAAAAACCAUUUAAGAAAUCCUGGAUAACGGACAUAUCAGUUCUUACUUUCUACUCGGGUCUAAGAAAGGGAGAGGCAAUAAAUAGCAAAGUACAGUGGUACCUCUGGUCACGACCGUAAUUCGUUCCAAAACUCUGGAUGUGACACGAACAAAAUUUCCCCAUAAGAUUGUAUGUAAAUACAAUUACAGUUUGUACGGUCUGGAACGGAUUAUGUAAAUAUAUAUUUUUUUAAGCACAAAAAUAGUUAAUUAUACCAUAGAAUGCACAGCGUAAUAGUAAACUAAAUGUAAAAACAUUGAAUAACACUGAGAAAACCUUGAACAACAGAGAAAACUACCAUUGUAAGAGUUGGCGCUAUAGUGCUACGAACCGCUCGCUGUAAACACUUUGAGUUUUAAGCACAGGGGAAAAAAAUUAAAUGCCACUUCUCUUGCAGAACCUUUCAAACCGUCCUCUACUGGCUUUAAAUUCCUCACCUUCGCCACUCGAAGAAGGAUUUUUUUUCAGCCAAUCGCCACGAAUCUUCCUGGCUUUCUCGCAUAUGAUCGCCUCGCUUACGCUAUCCCCUGCAAGUUGCUUCUCGUUCAACCACACUAGCAACAGUUUUCCCACCUCUUCCAGCACUUGAGGUCUCUGCUUGGUUAACAUUGUAACUCCUUUUACAACAUCAGCUGCUUUGUUAGGUCCUGUAUACGCAAACAAAAGAAAAUGGGAAACAGAGAAUGGGAAAUCAUUGGUGUGUAUAAACGCGUGUAGGGAAACUGGCCGGCAGUGUUUUUGUUCGCUCACCAGAGCGUGUGGUCAUGAACAGAUGCAAAAUUUUGGCAAACUUUUUGAUCGUAACCUGAUUUGUACGUGUUUGGAAAUGUUCGUGACCAGUGGUUCUACUGUACAAAGAAAUGUGAUCUGAGAUAUACUAAAUGUGGGAAAAAAAAAACGGAAGAGUUCUGGUUGUGGUAAGAGUAACAGGUUUAAUAAAAUGAAACUUUCAGGCCCAUCUUAACAGAGUACCACUUACCAUGACUCCAUUGCAAAAAUCAAUAGUAAAUUGCCUUAAUAGUAGAAAUGCAUGCUGCAAAUUUAAGGAAGUAAGAAAUAAUGUAUUACAACCAACCAGACCAUCUUGAGUAAAGAGUACGGUUCAGUCCUGUUUUGAUAGUAAGCAUACCAAAAAAAAAUUUUGAGAAGUUAGCCCAGAACAAUAGUGCUGUAAUUAAAGUAUGGACUGGACACCAAAACAAGAAAACUGCUACCUUCACAUCAAGUCAUACAGAGGAAAUUGUGCAUUCCAAGACGUUACAUCCCAAGUUAGACUGACUUGCAUUUCAGUCUGGAUGGGCACAUGAGUGGGCGAUGUGACGCCCUGAUCUAAAUUGGACGAUUUUUUCACCACAAAUGACUCAAUCACUGAUUGGUUAAUUAGCCGAUUGCAAAAAAUGAUUGUUUUUCAGAAUCUGCUUUUCUACACUUCAAGUAUUGCCGUUGCAUUACUGUGUUAGAGGAAUAGCGCACGUCAUUCUGCUGACGAACUUCCUGUAAACAGUCAGCUGAGAGUUCAACUUUAGGAGAGAGUGAAGGUGAGACUAUUGGCUUUUACAUUUAAAGAAAGUGGAGAAAGAAACUGAGAAACGGGAAUCUGAAGAGUCGGCCUGUGCCUGGAGAAGAAUGGCAGAAGUAGACUUCUGUGUUGUGCAGCUAAACUUGAUGUAGAAGAAAAGUGAGGCACGUCUUUGGCAGAAAUUAAGAGAGAAGCUGCUUUAAUCAGUUCAGACCUUUUCAUUUUGUUUUUUUAAUUAAAACAGAGACUCGCUGCCUGAGUGUGGAUGUUGACCAACCUGGUGUUUAGCAUAACACCUCACAUUUUGAAAUAUUUCAAAAAUUGAUGAGGAAUAUUUUGUUCUCGUUGUUUAGUAAAUAAAAGGCUUUGACAUAAGUGCCAAA